UGAGGGGCGACUGGUAUCACCUCACACAACAAAAUCCCCUCCUGCCAUUUCCAGCAAGAAACAUCUGCUCAGCUGGUCAAAAUGAUAUUCCUUUGGUGUAUGUAUAUCCUCAACUGCUGGAUACAUGGUGCGCAUUUUCAAUCCAUUCUGGAGCAGACUCCCGCAGAAGUACUCGCCGCCAAAGGAGAGCGACUGGAACUCAAGUGUUCCGGCAAAGGGCCACUCGGCCGGCUCUUCUGGUACAGACUGGACGACAACGCCGUGUCGCAACUUGUCAUAUCGCUCGAUAUCAUGCGGGUAAUUCGCCGGGGAUCGGGGAUAAGCGACCGCUUCCAUUUGGUGGAAAGCAGCAUUAGUCAAUACUUCAGCUUGGUGAUCAAAAACCUGAGCCUGGCGGACAACGGGACCUACCACUGUCUGAUGUUGACAUCACGAAUAGCCCACCUCGGGGGUGGAAGUGUGGUGACUGUAGUUCCAGAGAGAGCGAAAGUGACUUCGCCGCCUCCAACUACAAGGUUCCGCAGAAUCAACGUGUACAAGAAACCUUCGUUGCGGGGCAAGAAGGGACAAGACAAUAAAGAGUAUACCUGCGACUGGACUAUCUGGGGAUCUCUGAUCACCUGCAACCUUCUGUUUCUUAUUUCCAUCCUUUUGGUCAUCAUGCAUCGUCGGAAAAAGUAUCCGCAAAGACGAUGCCCACACCAGUUUCGCAAGAGAUAAGGAAGACAAAUCGUUGCAAGGUUAACAAUGAAGUGCAGGGCAGGUGAGGAAGGACAGUCGUGCAUCUGCCCAAGUGCGAAAUAUGCCUCGCAUCAUCUUCAUUGCAACUUUAGCAGACAUUUGCCCUCUCCUCAGGGACCAUCUCCUGUGUCACCGCCUCUUCACUCUGCAUUACUUUCCAUUUGAUUGCAUGGCAGAAUCUGCGGUUAUUCAAGGAAAUUUUUUAAAAAUACCACACGCUGCUGUUUAAAUGCUGGCGUAGUUUAGAUAUAAUGGCAACAUCGUGGCCAAUUGCAACUGUACAAUUAUUAGAAACGUUUAAAAAAAAAGGAAAGAACAGCCCACUUCAAAUGUGAUGUGCAUUUGAUUUGUACGUAUGUGAACGAUCAUAGCUCCAGUUGUUUGUCUGCCUGUAACAAAAGCCGUGGUCCUUACGUUUUCCUUAACAAUCGGAAACAAAGAUACCAAGUCAAGCUAGACCAUGUCCCACUGAAAGUUCAGUUUUGUUUUCAGUUUGGACAUACAGCGUGGAAACAGACCCUUCAGCCCACCGAGUCCAUGCCGACCAACAAUCCAUCAGUUCCAUGUUGUCCAGCAUGCAUCCUACAUGCUAGGGGCAAUUUAUAACUUUACCAAGCCAAUUAACCUACAAACCUGCACGGCUUUGGAAUAUGAAAGGAAACCAGAGCACCCGGUGAAAGCCCAAGUGGUUACAGUGCAAACUCUGUGCAGACAGCACCCCAAGUCAGGAUCGAACCCGGGUCCCUGACGCUGCAAGACUGCCUUUGUCUCUGCGGGUUUGCUCUUAUUACCAGAUGGCUUCGUUCCUGCUAGUUAUCCACUGUAAUCUGUGAAAAGCUUCUGAAGUGGGGAAUGACUGUGAUGUUAGAAACUCAAUGUCCAGCUAUUGAUCGAGGCACGAGAAACUGCAUAUGCUGGAAUAUGGAACCAAACACAAAGUGCUGGAGGAACGCAGUGGUCAGGCAGAACCUGUGGAGGAAAUGGACAAGCGAUGUUUCUGGCCAGGACUGAAGGGUCUCAACCAGAAAAGUAGUCUGUCUAUUACUGUUAAAAAUGUUGCUGACCCGCGGAGUUCCUCCAGUACUUUAUGUUUUGCUCUACAUAAAUUAGCUUAAUGUUUUACCUCUCUCUCUCCCAGCCUGCUUCUAGCCUUCUGUACAAUCUGAAUGGCUCGAUUGUAUAAUCUUCCCGCUGACUGGUUGCACGCAACAAAAGCUUUUCAUUGUACUUCGGUACACGUGACAAUAAACUAAAUUCCAGACUCCAACU